AUGAAGAGCGAAUCUAUUGUGGUCGUCGGUGCCGGCGUAAUUGGGCUCGAUGUAGCACUGGUCCUCGCAAAACGGGGCUACGGCAGAAAUACUACCAUCAUUGCAGAGCACCUUCCGGGCGAUACAUCAAUAAAUUAUACCUCGCCAUGGGCGGGUGCCAACUUCUCUGCUAUUUCUGCAAGUGAUGCAAAUGCCUUGCGGUGGGAUAAGUUGGGGUAUGCAUAUCUUCUUAGUCUUGCAGCAAAAGAUGACAAAGACGCAUUUGUGAAGGAAUCCACUUCAACCGAGUAUUGGGACGAGAUGCCAUCUCCUGCAAAGAUAGACUCGAUGGCCAAGUACCUCAAAAAUUUCAAAGAAAUACCUGCAGGAGAUCUUCCAAGUGGCGUUGCGUAUGGUAUAGAAUUCACGACAAUAACGCUCAACGCGCCUAUGCACAUUCGCUACCUACUUCGGAAGCUCACUGAGGAAUAUGGAGUUCGGGUUGUACGCAAAAGAGUAUCGGACAUUACUUCGGGCUUUCUGAGCAAGGAUACAAAGGUGGUGUUUAACUGCACAGGUAAUGCAUCGCGAGACUUGAACGGAGUCCAGGACUCCAAAUGCUAUCCCACCAGAGGCCAAAUCCUCCUUGCGAAAGCCCCGCAUAUCCAGCAAAAUGUGAUGAGACACGGCAAGGAUUACGAAACUUACGUGAUCCCACGGCCGUAUUCGAAUGGUAACGUGAUUCUCGGUGGUUUCAUGCAAAAAGGGGUCAGCACUGCAGACACAUUCAGCUACGAGACAGAGUCAAUAUUGUCUCGAACGACGGCUAUGCUUCCUAGCCUAGCCUCAAGCGAGACUCAGAUAUUAGCUGCAUUUUCUGGCCUACGCCCAUCUCGUGAGGGAGGAGCGCGUGUCUCCAAGGAGGUGAUACAAGUCGAUGGAACGGGUCGACAGGGGGUUCUAGUUCACAAUUAUGGUGCUGGAGGAACAGGAUUUCAAGCGGGAUAUGGCAUGGCCAUCGAAGCAGCUAACACUGUGGCGGAAGAGCUUCAAGCACUCGCAUAA